GAGUAGAGGGGAUAAAAGUAGAACAGAAAAGAAAACUCAGGAUUUAUAUGCUUGGGGGCCUUUUUCUUUUUAAUAGAUGAGAGGAUAGAUUAGGAAUAGAAUUAUCCGGGUACGAUAACAUACACACACAAACACACCCCAUGCCCAGCACGCAACAGAUAGCAGGCAUGUAACAGCAUUCGGUAAAACCACACCACACGAUCCUCUACGCCCCGCCGAGUGUGUGUGUCUGAUACACCCUACCCGCACGCCACGUAUAUAGCUGAGCUUCGGCGGAUUCGGCCAAUAAGCAUCGCUGGUCGCCAAAACUUCUACCAUCGCAAAGUGGCGACAGCAUUUCGUAGAUAAACCCCACUGGGACAGCUCGCCUUUUCCACAGGCUCUUAACAAAACUCUUCGGACGGACACGCGAAGGGCUGGUUACAGAGAGCACUUGUCCUACCAGUAAUUAUUUCUCCCGUUCUCAAUCUUCGGGGGUAAAUACGCAUCCAAGUCCACGCCGGCAGUAGAUAGUUGGGCCAGUGAUCUAAAAUAGUUGGUUGGAGGAAAAAAUGGCGUUUAACUAUCUGGUGAUUGUAUUCUGCACGACAGCGGGGAGAAGAGGAGCUUUGCUUGGCACAGAUGAGGAAGACCUAGUCCUCCUAGUAUCGGUGGUGGUGGACGUUGAAACCAAUAAGGUUGUAAAAUUCAACCAGAACUACAUUCGACCUGAAAACUCUGAACUAUCAGAAGAACUAUGUACCACUCUCAACAUCAGACCAGAGGUUAUCACUGGGGCAGCCAACCUAAGCCGUGUCAUAGCAGAGUUCGACAACUACCUGACGACCGAACUCGUAGGUGAGGACGGGAAGACAUUUUGCCUUCUGACUGACGGCCAGCUCCACGUGCGACAAUGCCUUCACCCACAGACCAUCAACAAGGGCAUCGCGAUCCCGGACUACUUUUACAGCUUCUUCGACCUCCGGAAGGAGUUUCGCCGGAAGUACCCCAACGCACCACAUAUCACAGACGUCAAGGACAUGGCGACCUAUUUGAAAAUAGACGUGGGUAACUUUAACUACACAGAGACCGGCAUUGAUGAGUGCCGAACGAUGGCCAGUAUAGUCACCAAGAUGAUCUCGGAUCAUCAUCGGUUCAUCAAACCGGAUUAUGUCACGAAGAAAUACGAACCAGGAACAUACGACAAGACCGAUAGUAUACCGGAUGAUACGGCCGUGAAAGCCCGCGGUCUCCCGUGGCAAGCUUCGGAUAGAGAUGUCUUCCGUUUCUUUAAAGGACUCAAUAUUGCCAGGGGUGGUGUUGCCCUCUGCCUAAACACACACGGACGUAGAAAUGGUGAGGUGAUGGUACAUUUCGAAAGUUCAGAACAGCGCGAUAUGGCCCUCCAGAGGCAUAAACACAACCUGGGAAAAAGAUACGUUGAGGUAUUCAAAGCAACGGGAGACGAGUUUAUCCGCGUGGCUGCUGGGACAUCGAAAGAGGCAACACUAUUUUUAGCUAGAGAUGAUGGACAUAUCAUUGUGCGCAUGCGUGGUCUACCGUUUAAAAUCGAAGAGAAAGAUGUGGUGGAGUUCUUUGGACCGGAUAUUCCCCUGGCAGGAGGGGAAGACGGGAUCCUCUUCGUGAAGCACAAGAGCGGCAAGAUGACAGGAGAUGCCUUCGUGCUCUUUGGCUCUGAGGACGCGGUGACCAAGGCACUUUCCAAGCAUCGGGAGUACCUAAAGAACAGGUACAUUGAGAUCUUCAGAAGCACCACUGCCGAAGUUCAACAAGUCCUCUCUCGUGUCCAAUCCGAGCCUAUCAUGCCAGACAUCCCCCAGCAACCGAUCAUGCCCCCUACUAUGAUCCCCAUCCCCAUCCACGCCAUGCCCCCUCCUCCACCCCAGCACUUCAUUACUGCAGGGGUAAUGCGUGACUGCAUCCGAAUGAGGGGCCUCCCGUACAACGCGUCUAUCGAGGACAUCAUGAACUUUCUCGGGGAGGCAGCUCAGUACAUUCGGCCUCAUGGAGUCCACAUGGUCCUAAACCUUCAGGGUAAGCCGAACGGCGAGGCGUUUAUCCAGAUGACUUCUGCAGACCGUGCCUGCUUGGCGGCACAGACUUGCCAUAUGAAGUACAUGCGGGAGCGUUAUGUUGAAGUCAUGCAGUGUUCGGGAGAUGAGAUGCAGAUGGUGCUGACGAGUGGUAUCCGCAACGAGAAGGCACCGCAGCCACAAAUAAACGCAAUAUCCCCGACAACUCCAAUCCACUACCCUCCUCCACCUCACCAUCCUCACGCCCAGCUCACCCACCCAGGUCAGAUGCCACCGGUGAGUGCAGGUAUGAUGCCCUCCAUGCCACACAUUCCAGGUCACGCCAGUCCACACGCCGCAGCCGUUGCAGCCGCAGCGGCCGGUCACCCCCAGCUCCCACCCGGCGCCACUUUCUUGCACCAACAGCAAUUGAUGUACGUACACCCGGGGUUCCCAAGUCCGCCCGUGUCGCCAACGGGGCACCAGCUUUACUACCCAGGCGCCACUACCGGAACUAACUCUGCAGCCGCGGCGUUCGCGGCCGCACAGAGCAACGCCAUGAUUCGUCUACGAGGACUUCACACAGGCGCAACCGCCCAAGAUGUUGCGAAGUUCUUCCAGGGCUAUGGGGUACCUCCAGAAAGCGUUCAAGUGAGUCAAAACGGAGAGGCUGUGGUCCCAUUUUCUUCUCAAGACAUUGCAGUUCGUGCCCUGCAAGAUCGACAACGGCAAUUCGCCGGCAAAAUGGAACUAUUCGUUGCCUAAAGACGAGUAUGACGGGGAAAGGCGGGAAAGAUUUAUCGUCUGCUAUUGUGUGGGACAAAAAAUAGAAUGACUUACUUGGUCGCUUUGCUCAAACUCAAAUCGUUUGUGUGUAUUUGCAAACAAAUACAUUGAGAAAUAAAUGCUUGAAUUUUCCAACUGCUCUCACUCACUUUCGUAUGGUAAAGCCCUUUUGCUCAUUUGCGUGUGUAACACGACAUCGAGUUUCGAUUGGUCAGUUUUGAUUAUCACGUGCUUUAUUCAUGCGCCAGAGCGCCAUUGCGCAGCAAUAAAAAUAUCCUACCGAGCCCAAUAUAAAGGAACUAUUAUUUUGGCGCCAAAACGUAUACACUUUCAAAACUAUCAAUAAAGAUUGGAAAAUUUCAGCAUUUAUUGUGUUCAUGCAAAAGAAAAGCGAGUCUGGGUACCCAUGACAAUGGCUGAUAUAUUAUUUAAUAAAGAAUGAGCUUGCCAGGUUUGCUCGGUUGGUUUACAUUUCCAGUAAAUGAAUUGUUCUUUUUAAAGUGUUUUUCACCUUUUUCGACACAGUAAUGGUGUGUUUCUAUAUGCUAAAAUGUGUGCAAAGUUAUUGUCUUUAUUGUGUUUCAAAUUCAUUUUAGUCGCGUACAUCUCCUUUCAUCCAACUCCUUUAAAUGUAUAGCAUUUUACUCCAAUUUGAUUUUUUUUUUGAAAUCUCUUUUUUUUAAAGGCAAGAUUAAGAUUAAUCACUUUGAUUCAAAUGAAGCCUUAUUUUUCAGCUCAUUUUUUUAAACUUAAAUUUCUCAUUGAUUAAAAACAUUGAUGGUGUCAUCUACGGAUAAAAAAAUGAACACAACAAUGUUGUACAUCACUCCACUCUUAAACACAACUCAAUUUGCAAACUAGGGGUUAUUUCUUCAUGCAUGCGUUCUUUUUUCCUCUGAUAUAUUGUAUUAGCCUUGAUUGUAAAUGUAUUCGUCCAUUAUCAGUACAAAUAAAAUUCAAAUUUACAAGAUUUUAUUCUUCAAAAGAAUAGAACAAAGUAAUAGAAUAGAAAAGAAAAGAAACCCUCCUAAUAAAAAAAAAACGAAAAACAAAGGAGAAAGAGGACUUGCCAGCAAAUGAAAUAAUUCUGACAUUUUAGAUGAAUUUUCCGAUUUAUCCUUAAAGUCAGGAGUGUGACUGGCUUGCCGUUUAAUGGAAAACAAAAUGUUUAUUAAUGAAGAAUAUAAUGACUAUUAUAAAUGUACUUUUAUGAAUAAAACCAUUGUAGACAAAUAUAGCAAUUCGUACAUUAGUAAUGUUCUAAGUAUGCAUUGCUGUAGACUAGUACUAGCAUUAUUGUCAAGUUCUACACUUUGUAAAUAGUUUUCGCCUUGUUGCGAGUUGGCAACACCUAAAUGUGCCUUAUAUUGUAAUUAGACGGUUGCCUUCCUUAACAAGAUGCUCCUUUAAGAAAGACUUCCUUAAUUUUGUAAAAUAUAUAGUCAUUUUCUUCCUUAUUUUGAUAUGUACACAUUUAUGUGUAAAUUUGCAUUUUUGUAAUGCGUGUUUGUGCGACAAAAUCCGUACGUCUUCCUAAAUGUAUGAUAUUUAACAGUUAACCAAUAUCGUCUGAUACUUGGUUAGAUUUACGUAUGCCUUUUUGUGUGUUAAAAGCCUUUGAAUAAUUGAGUAAUAAUUAUUUUAUAAUCCUUGAAUUUUGAUAUGGUUCUAAAGUGCCUAUAGCGCUGGACGCCAAUUAUUGAGCUCAUAUACAGGCUUCCAAUGUAAUAACAUGAUGUGUAGAAUUAUCAGCAAUAAAUCUACGCUGAAUAAAUUUAAUAUUUUUCUGUUAAUUGCAUUGAAUAUUGAAUAAUAGUGAAGCAUUUGUUUUAAUCAAAUUUUAUUCAAAUCAAGCAUUCGGAACCGGGCAGUAUUCUACCGAAUAAUGUUUUUGUUUUCUUCAACACAGAAUUUGCUCUAUUGCAUUGAUUUGCAUACUUAGCCAUAGCAGAUGAAAUUAGGGAAGAGAAGUAGUUUAAAAAAAUCUAUGUUCAUUCCAGGGUUAGUGUUGCGAAAAUGGUAGUUGAUAUUGAGAAGAAAAAAAAAGCUGGGACAAAGAAAGACAUUUACUAUUUAAAUAAAGGCGGGGCCGUGAUAGUGGGCUUUAUUUGUGGAAGGGUGAAGUAGGACGCUCAUACUGCGAUCUUCAUGUUAAUUAUUGCCCAUACGCUAUUGUUUGGUUCUUCAAAGAUUUGUUGACAUUCCAAAUAAAUAUCAUGAAAUGGUUUCAUUUAAAAUGCCUUGACGCUCAUGUGAUGUACUGGGUAAGAGUCUCGAAUGAAUUCAUUGAAUCCUUACCUCUGCGGAGGGUUAUUAAUGGGUACCGUAUUGAUGAUAGCUACUAUAGCUAGAAAGAUAAAUGUAUGAUAUUUGAAAUUACGAACAUUAGUAGAUUAGUAUAUUUCGAAUUAAAAUUUUAGAUGUAUAGAAAUUGGUAUUUAAAAUGAAGUACGCUAUGAAUUUCGAAUUUACAAUGUACGAAUAUAGAAUAUAAAUUUAGAUUAUUAGAAUUUUUAUAAGAGCGAAUAUUAUGUAAUCAUUGCCUUACUAUUAUGUGAGAAAACAAAUAUUGCUUUAGAAUAUUACAUUGUAUAAUUCAUUGAUUUUUGCAUGAAAUGUGAAAGGCAAAAAACUCUAGAGAUUUCAAAUGUAUAUUUUUGUUUUGUUUUAAAAAUGCACUUGCCACGCAUUUACAUUGUAUACACACUCUCGUCUGUAUUGUAUUACUCUUCUAUUAUAUAGCACUUUUCUUUUUGUCGUUAUGAUUUCUAGAUUAUUUUGCUUCUUAAUUAUUAGUUUAAGAUAAAAAGAGGUUGAAAAUAUAUCCACAUUGUAAAUAUAUGUCAUUUAACAAAUGAUUAUGUUCAUUAAAACAUUUCUCCAGCUCAAACAUAAUGGCAUUUUUAUAGUCCCUUUGAGCCCCCCCCCCCCAGAAACCAAUAAAAAAACCUAUUAUGGUACAAAAAAAUCUCAUGCGAAAUAAAUUAACUUGCACUCUUGAUAAUGACCAAAAGGUGUAAUUUUCGAAACGGAUGUAAUAAGUUUGUCUAUGCAAAUUGAGCCAUUCUUGCUGUGUGACAUAGAAUUUUGCCAGAUUAUGUAAACACACAACGGCCAAUAUUCACAUGGAGGAGAAAAUUAUCGCUCAAAACAUGGACCCGAAUAAUACUAUGCUCAAAAUAUUGGGCUCUAAUACUUCCUCCAUAUCUUAAUGGGGAUCUCUGUUACAUUUAGAAAAUUAGAUCACGAAAUAAGUGCUUUUGGGGUGAAGUGUGUCUUUCUUUGUACUCAUCUGCCUCAGAUCAGAGUUUAUAUCCUUAUUUUGUUAUUAUUAUUCUUCUAAUAUUUGUUGUGUUCAUAAUCUCUUUGGUAUUUCAACAUCUCUACGUGUUAAUUACAUGGUUACGUACUCAACUCUGGUAGAUAUAUGUUAAUUUGGUCGCUAUAGUGCUUUGUUAUUGUUCUUUAUUAUUAGUCCAUUGAAUCUUCAAUUUAGGUAUGGUUUAGUAGAUAGGUUGAUGAUACUAAGAAAUACCUGGAAUAUUUCUCAAUAUGUCUACGUUUUCAUCUCAGUGUUUUCCCCUUAUAGUGGAAAUUUUACCCUAUUUUUACCGCAGUAUCAUGAUCAUUGCAAAAACCUCCCCCAUUUAUUUAUGAAACACACUCACUCUUUCACCAUCCCCUUUUCUCCACCUCUCAUUAAAAAAAAUCAUUUCAACCCCACCCCCAAUAUAUCAGAAUUCUUCCAAAUACAUCCGGAAUUUCAUAUAUUGUAUACCAUAAUGUAUACAACAUCCAUCAGAAAGAUGUUGUCGUGUAUCGAAAUUUAAUAGUUAUAAUCGUUAUCUCCCGACCUUUAGGCCAAGGGAGUUUCUUUCGUCUUUUAUUUUCUGGGGCGUUUUAAGAGGAUGCUGACACAAUUAAGGGUGAUUGUUCACGUGGAAUGUAUUUCAGUUCACAAGAAUUAGACAUAAAAUCUAAAGAUUUUUAACAUUUAGGGAAACAACUUAUUGUCGUGUGAAAAGUUGUCUUGGGUAAACUAUGUGGAGCGUCAUUUCAGAAUCAGUAAAUGCCACAUUUUUCACGCUCUGAAGAUUAACAUAUAAAACCACCACGACUGUAAAAAUUUCGGGGCAAUGUCCACCUUUUGUUAAAUGGGAGAAGUACAUUACAUCGUUAUGUAUUCAACACUUCAGUAAUGCGGAUUCUAUUAAGUUUUUUAUUAAUAUUCUUAAAUGUGGUGUGUCAUGGUCUGUUUAAUACAUGAUUUAUCGUUGAUCUUCAGAGCGUGAAACGAUUCUAGUUUUGGCUCCCUAUUUCUGUGCCUAUUUAAAUUGUAGUUUAAUUUACUGAAGAUGGGUUUCUUUUCCUGGUAGUAGGGUUGAGUUGGUACUGUGGAUAGACCAUACUUUUUAUAAAUGAAACGCCAGGGAUACAGGGUAUACUAAAAAAUGUGUUGGGUCACGCAUGCGCAGUGACGCUAUUCACAUGUGCUACGCAUGAUAGUGCAAUAUUGUCGUGUUGAAAAAAAAGGUGAAAUUAUGAGAAAUUUAUGGCUCAGAUAAUUAAAUAGAGAGAGUGUAGCAACUCGAAAAUGCCAGGGAAAGAUUUUGAAUUAUGUAUCAGAUUUUAAAGAAAAAUUUCGAAUGGGAAGAUGUUUAAAUUUAGAGUCCAGUACAGAUGAUAAAUUAUAUGGAAUAUACAUACUUUUUCAACGUAUAGAAUGUUAAAAGAAUUAAUGUUGAAGAAAGCAUGUACCGACAGAGUAUUAUUGUAUUAUUAUUAAGAUAUAUAAUUAAAUAAUGAGAUUUGAGUAUAAUUUGGAAUUGCGCUGACUGUUCAGUCUGAGAUAUUACACUGUAAAAACUGAAGUGCUAAUUUAGCACUUACAGUGCUUGUACAGUGACUGCACUACGAGUGCUGAUUUUCUAGUUCAAAUUCAAACUAGAAAAUCAGCACUUGUAGUGCAGUCACCAUACAAGCACUGUAAGUGCUAACUUAGCACUUCGUUUUUUACAGUGUAGGCGUAACGAUGUAGAUAUGAACAAAAUGUUGAUGAAUGUAACUUAAUGCAAGGGUAUAUUUGCAGAAUCCCAGCUGUGAAAAUUCUAUCCUGAUACAGUCAAAUUCCUACUGAUUUACAUACGAUUAGUCCCGAUUAUUAAUUGAGAAUUCCUUGCAUUAUUCAUUUUUAGCAAGCUUCGAAUAAAAUUUCACAAAUUAUGUAUAGAUAAAAA